UGGAGAGAGUGAUGAUACCACUCGUUGUUAAGGAGAAAAACACAAGUCUAACGAAAAAUUGAUGAUUCAUGUAUGAUUGUUGGCCAGUGGAUUUUGAGCAUUUUCACUCUAAUCAAUCCAUGCACCUAUUUCUCUAUAAAGCUGCUAUGAGAUGCGGCCUAAAGGCACAACAUUAUAGCAAUAUGGCUUCCACACACCAACCCCUUCUUAACACUCCCAACAAAACCAUAUCUGCAUGCAAAAUCCUAUUCUUCACUAUAUCCAUCUCCGCAGUAGUCCUUUUAGUUUUUGAUCUUCUUCCUAUUAUAAUGGGAGACAGCCGGCUUAAGGGUCUGUCAACCCCUUCCUAUCUGUGCCGUACGGCUUUAAAUCCUCAGGCAUGCCAAGAUUAUGUGUCGGAAGUGGUUUCUGAUGGUGUAACACCACCUGAUGCAACUAUGGUGCUGCAAAAGUUCUUGAUCAAGCAAGCACAUCAUUUGAACAGUGCAAUUUUUCGGGCUGGGAAACUCAAAAAUAAGUUGAACGGGCAAAAUGAUAAACAGGGGGCUAUAGCUGAUUGCGUCGAGCUAAUCGACCUGUCAAUUAAUCUCGUCUCUGAUUCAAUUAAAGCUUUGGGAAAGAAAACCCGUACAUCUCAUGCCGAUGCACAAGCUUGGCUUAGCGGUGUGCUUGCCAAUCACAUCACCUGUCUUGAUGGGCUUAACUCUUCUGGGAGAAAAUCGCUUGGAGCAACUAUUGAGGACCUGGUAUCAAGGGCCAGGGCCUCUUUGGCUGUGCUUGCAGCGGUAUCAGAGCAGGAUAAGGAAAUGAUGCAGUCUUUAAGAGGAAGGCUACCGUCGUGGAUCAGGCCGGCGGACAGGAAGCUGCUUCAGAAAACCGCUAAUGCUAUAGAAGCUGAUCUAGUUGUAGCGAAGGACGGGUCAGGUGAUUUCAAGACAGUAGCAGAAGCAGUUGCGGCAGCACCCAGCAACAGCGAGAGGCGGUACGUGAUCUAUGUUAAGAAAGGAACGUACAAGGAGAACGUUGAAGUGGGCAGCAGACAAAGGAACCUGAUGAUCAUUGGAGAUGGUAUGAAUUCGACAAUCAUAACCGGUGACCGCUAUAAUUCCGAAAAUUUCACAACCUUUAGAACCGCCACUCUUGCCGCAGUUGGGAAAGGAUUCAUACUACAAGAUAUUUGCAUCCAGAACACGGCGGGCCCGGAAAACGGGCAGGCGGUGGCGCUCCGUAUCGGGGCCGACGAAUCCAUCAUAAACCGCUGCUACAUGGACGCCUACCAAGACACGCUUUACACGCAUUCCCAGCGCCAAUUCUACAGGGACUGUUACAUCACCGGAACCGUAGACUUCAUCUUCGGCUUCGCACCAGCAGUACUGCAGAAGUGCGAGCUGGUAGCCCGCAGACCAAGGGUAGGCCAGAGCAACAUGGUGACGGCUCAGGGCCGAUCCGACCCGAAUGAGAACACGGGCAUCUCAAUCCAAGAAUGUGAAAUCAAAGCGAGUGACGACCUGGAACCGGUGAAAGAUUCGUUCCGUACAUAUCUGGGCCGGCCGUGGAGGGACUUCUCAAGGACCGUAGUGAUGCAGUCGUGCAUCGGGGAUCUCAUUGACCCGGCGGGGUGGUCGGAGUGGGCCGGGCGUCCCGUGGACAAGUUGUAUUACGGGGAGUACAGGAAUCUGGGUCCUGGCUCGGACACCAGCAGAAGAGUGAACUGGACGGGGUAUCAUGUUAUUACGGACCCGGCGGAGGCCGAGAAGUUUACCGUGAGGGAGUUGAUUCAGGGCCAGGAAUGGCUGGAUUCCACUGUGGUGGACUACAUUGAAGGGUUGUAAGAUCAAUCUGGCACGUCUUUAGUUCGUUUUCAAAUUAUUGGUACGUAGUGGUACGUUUAUUCCUCUUAGCCAUUGUGAUGGUGUAGUAAUAAACUCGUGUUUGUGCUGUGA